GCUUUGGCACCACGCUGUGCGCAGCUGCUGGUCCCAGAAGACCUCAAGGAAGAAUGCUGCGAAGAGGCUCUCAAGUUUGGCGCCACCAGAGCAACCUUGGGGGCUGCCUUGGGCGACGGCGAGCGUCUCCUAGCCCUGGAGGGAGACACCGCUGCGGUGCGCGGCAGUGCCGCGGUGGCGGUCACCGCGAUGCUUUGCAGGCGCCUUUGGAAGCCGGGGCAACCUCCCCCGAGCUACCGUCGACGCGAGGCGCUGAGGUCCGACUCGGAGCCGCGACCUGCGCUCCCGUCGCCUUUGUUUGCCAGCGCAGAGAAGGCGGCCCAACUGCUUCCCUGGAGCUUGGGGAAGCCAAGCCUUGGCGACCCUCCACACCAGAAGGAGGAGGAGAAGCCGACGAACUGCGCGGCAGCCGAGAGAAAAGCGGAGCCUCGCCACGAACACCUUGGCGAGCCUUCGAGAGCGCUGCAUGUCCUCCUCCCCUAUGCUGCCGUGGACGCUUGGGUGACUACCGGGCUCCUGGCAGCUCUUGCCCGUGCCUUCAAGCUGAAGAUCGACGUAGACACCUGCAGAAUACCUUCUGCCCCUUUCCAGGUGCGUGUAUCCUUAACGGGCAGCACCGGAUACCUCGGCCUAGUGCUGCUGCAGCUGCAGUCGCAUCUGUUCUUCUGGGAUGA